UUGCGACAGGCCGUGUUCCGCGCCGGUGUGUGAGCUGCUGUGCUGCUACUGCUGCCGGUGAUUGUAGUUUAUUAUAGAGUUAAUAUUAGAGUUUAUAUACCAGUAUAGAGUUAUAUAGGAACCGCGGCUGGGGAGAGAGAGGGGCCCGGGCUGCGGGCGCGCUGUGCGGGGCGGAGAGUGCGGGAACAUUGCGUGUAGAAUGAAGAACAGCAGCUCUGUAUGGAAGUGUAUUGGCUAGCUGGAUUAGCGGUCGCUCCUACAUCCGGUGGGUGAGUUCAGCAGAAAAGCCAGUCAUGAGGUCCAGAGGGUGCCAGUUUUAAUGCCCAUCAAACAGCUGGCAUGCUUUACGUGUGAGUACUGUAAGCUUCAGACGGGUCCUGUUGCCGUGCCCAUGAUCUGAGAGGUUACACAGUGAACACAGUGGACACGAGGUCCGGUGGUAUCUCCCCAGCACCAACCCGCUCCACCCCCUCCUGUACCUGCUAAACCCCGCUCUCCCUCACUGUAAUGCCUAGAGAGCGACCCAUGGGACAUCGGCGAGGUCCUGCCAGCGGGCCGUCCUGAAGCCGGGGGGCUUUCUCUAGCCCACCGAUGCCUGUGAUCCCGAUCCCGCGGCGGGUGCGCUCCUUCCACGGCCCCCACACCACCUGCAUGCACUCGGCGUGCGGCCCCGCCCGCACCUCGCAGCUGGUGCGCACCAAAUACAACAACUUUGACCUGUACCUGAAGUCGCGCUGGAUGUACAGCUUCGUGCGCUUCCUGCUGUACUUCGGCUGCAGCCUGUUCACCUCCCUCCUGUGGGUGGCGCUGUCGGUGCUGCUGUGCCUGCAGUACGUCUCGGUGCGCGUCUUCCUGCGCCUGCAGUACAAGCUGUCCGUCAUCCUACUGCUGCUGGGCCACCGGCGGCUGGACUUCGGCGUGCUGAACGAACUCUUUAUCUACAGCAUGCACGUAACCAUGUUCCUGGUGGGCGGCUUAGGCUGGUGUUUCAUGGUUUUUGUGGACAUGUAGAGAUUAACUGAGCUUAAACGAUGCGUUGAAUUGGCUUGGUUUAAAUGUGUGCGUCAUUCACGUGUGAAUAACAUGAAUAAAAUACACUGUAAUGUGAAUAGUAGCGUAAAAAUGGCCAAAAGAUGACAAAAUACGAGCAUUUACAGAUAAAAAUUCCAGUAAAAAGUGUCCAGCAGCUAGCAGCCAUUCUACCAACCAAGCUUUUUAUAGGGUGUUUACCACAGUUUGCUGCAGGAACAGCAAAGAUACACAAGGUAAUAAAUCACCAUCUUUGAGGAGGAGGAGGUUUUGAUUAGGGCUGCACGAUAUAUCAUUUAGGCAUCGUCAUCACAAUGUGCACAUGCGCAGUAGUCACGUCGCAGAACGUGCAAUGUCACUUAAGGCAAUUAAAUCAAAUACAUCAUGUUGCAAUGUCCAAAUACUUUUGAACAUUUAGUUAGGUGUUGGACGGAGCUGCAUCACUCUACCAUUCCAAAAAGCCUUGAAUUUGCAGAAAUUAUCAUUAGAGGGGGCCUCCAAACACUUUUAGACAUAUGUAGAGAUAAUUGAUGAAGCUGCAUCACUCUGCCACUUCAGAAAAUCCCAUAAACCAGUGAUUGGUGGCGCUAUAUACCAAUCAAAACCAUUUACAGCAAUGGGGGCACCUUAAAUUAACCAAAAUCACUCGUUUAAGAGGGUGUUCAGAUACUUCUGGACAUAUAAAGAGGCCUAAUGAAGUGAAACAACUUCAGAAAAUCCCAUAACCCAGUGCUUGAGGGUGCUAUAUACCCAUUAAAACCAUUCACAGCAAUGAAACUACCUUAAAUUAACCAAAAUCACUACUUUUAAGAGGGUGUCCAGAUACUUCUGGACAUAUAAAGAGGCCUAAUGAAGUGAAACCACUUCAGAAACCCCCACAUCCCAGUGCUUGUGGGGCAUUAGACCCCCUGGCCCAUUUACAGCAAUAGGGACACUUCAAAUUAGCUAAAAUAACUCAUUUAAGAGGGUGUUCAGAUACCUUUGGACAUAUCUGGAGAUAAUUGAUAAAGCUGCAAUUCUCUACCACUUCAGAAAAUCCCAUAACCCAGUGCUUGGGGGCGCUAUAUACCCAUCUAGACCAUUUACAGCAAUGGGUUCCCCUUAAAUUACUCAAAACCCCUAUUUUAGGAGGGUGUCCAGUUAUUUUGGACAUAUAGUUUGGCCUUAUAAAGCAAAAACACUUUAGAAAACCCCACAUCCCAGUGCUCAGAGGCUCUAUAUAACCAUCUAGACCAUUCACAUCAAUGGGGACACCUUAAAUUGGCUGAAAUCACUCGUUUAAGAGGGUGUCCAGAUACUUUCGAACAUAUGUGGAGAAGUUGGAUGGAGCUGCAUCACUCUACAACUUCAGAAAAUCCCAUAACCCAGUGCUUGGGGGCGCUAUAUACCAAUCUAGACCAUUCACAGCAAUGGGGGCACCUUAAAUUAGCCAAAAACACUAACUUGAGAUGAUUUUCAAUUACUUUUGGACAUAUCUGGAGAUGUUGGAUGGAGCUGUGUCACUGUACCACUUCAGAAAAUCCCAUAACCCAAUGCUUUAGACCAUUUACAGCAAUAAAACCACUUAAAAUUAACCAAAAUAAGUAAUUUAAUACGGUGUUCAAAUACUUUUGGACAUAUAGUGAGGCCUAAUGAAGCGAAACCACUUCAGAAAGUCCCAUAACCCAAUGCCUGGGGGCGCUAUAUACCAAUCUAGUCCAUUCACAGCAAUGGGGGUACCUAAAAUUUGCCAAAAUCACUUGUUUAAGAUGCUUUUCAAUUACUUUUGGACAUUUCUGGAAAUGUUGGAUGUACCACUUCAGAAAAUCCCAUAACCCAAUGCUUUAGACCAUUUACAGCAAUGAACCAACUUUAAAUUAACCAAAAUCACUCAUUUAAGAGGUUGUUCAGAUACUUUUGAACCUAUAGUGAGGCCUAAUGAAGCAAAACCACUUCAGAAAAUCCCAUAACCCAAUGAUUUAGACCAUUUACAGCAAUGAAACCACUUUAAAUGAACCAAAAUCACUAAUUGAAGACGGUGUUCAGUUAUUUUGGACAUAUAGUUUGGCCUAAUAAAGCGAAACCACUUCAGAAACACCCACAUCCCAGUGCUUGGGGGGGCAAUAGACCCCUUGGCCCUCUUACACCAAUAGGGACACCUUGAAUUAGCCAAAAUGAGUCUUUUAAGAAGGUUUUUAAUUACUUUUGGACGUACCUGGAGAUAUUUGAUGGAGCUGCAUCACUAUACGACUUCAGAAAAUCCCAUAACCCAGUGCUUAGGGGGGCAUUAGACCCCCCUGGCCCACCCACAGCAUUAAGCACUGUAAUCUUUGGUGGUUCCUAUUAUUUUACUUAAUGCAUUUCAACAAGAUCUAGCAACAAUAACUACUGAAUGUAUCCUUUAAAAGGGCUGUCCGGAUACUUUUGGACACACAGUGUGUUUAAUUCAUGUGGUACACGUUUAAAUCAAGCCCAGAGCAUCACUUUUACCACUGUACGAUUUACCUGUCUUAUUAAUGUGCCAUCUUUUUUAUACACUAAUGACUAUAAAAACUCAUACAUGCACUACUGAACAUAUGAUCAUAUUUAAUGGCUUGAGGACUGACCCAGAGGAGCCGGUACCGCCCGGUUCUGCUUCUUUUUCUUGUUGCAUUAUUGUAGAAUGCACUGUUUAGUGUUAAAGCUACAGUCACUAUGUGAUAAAGGAGUGGAAGGAGAUUUUUUUUUACAAUAUUUUUACACAAUAUUGUGUAAUAUUUUGAUGUAUGGACUAUAAAAGCCCUUUUAAAACAA